GAAAGGAUAGUAUGUACUAUGUUGUUAGCAGACGAAAUCCUCAGCGUGGUAAAUACCGCGCAUUCUACCUUCACAAUUCGAAAUCGGCACCUUCCCUUGUCUCGAUUCGCCACGAGCACGCCGUAAUCUUUGAGGCAACGCCGGUAAUCUCGAGCACGGUCGCUGGUGUUGUGUUUUCUCGCUUGAUUUCGUAUCGGUUUGCUUGGGACUGUUUUCCCUGCGCUCACAACGUUGCCCGCGUUUUUUGAGGUGCAUUUGCUAGUUUGUAUAUUGCCCUCAUGCGUGUGGCAUUAUUAAUGAUAAUCUCUGUGCGCGUGUGUGUUGGAAACCAAGUUACAUGUUUUGAAGUGCAUAAUACCAUCUGAAGUAAGAUGAUACCUGGACAGUUACCCAAUCAGACUGGGUCUAUGAUGUCCGGUAUUCCUCAGCAAACCAGAACUUCUUUUGCGAGCUUGAUGCAGAGUUAUAACGUCCAUCAUAAUAUCUCGAGUAUGGACCCUGAAAUAGCUAAAAUGCGCAGUUUCAUGCAGGAACAGAUCUGGGAAUUUCUUAUGCAGCGGUGGCGACAAUCACAGGAGGUCCCCGCAAGGAGAAUGAUUGAUAUAGUAAAACGCUUAGAAGCGGGUUUGUUCAGGACUGCCAAGACAAAGGAGGAGUAUAUGAACCUGGGAACAUUGGAAAGUCGUGUGCAGCAGUUGAUUAAACGCCCUCAUACAAAUAAUCCUGGCCAGCAGUUUGCGCAUGCUAAUUCUUCUCCUAUUGGUACAAUGAUUCCAACACCCGGAUAUCAGCAAGCAGAAACUUCAAGCUCGGUUGGGACUUCAUCUGCUGGUGGUUCUUUGGUAGCUACUAAUGGAUCCAGUGCAGUUGCAUCUUCCACUAUCAAUUGUGGGAGUUCUCUGCCCCCUCGAAAUGGUUCUUCAGGGAUUUUGAAUGGAGGUAUGGCUAGUGGAUAUCAACAAUCAUCGCAUGUUUUCUCAGGCAACAAUGGGGGAAAUAAUCCACUCACAUCUGCAGGUGUACAGAAAAUGGCAGGCAAAAUGAUCCCUACUCCUGGAAUCAGUAAUCCUACUAACAGUGAGAAAAGCAGUAUUAAUAAAAACGCCACUCACAUGAACUUGGAGUCGCCAAAUUGUGUUGGUGCAUGUGCUGCUACUGAAUCCACCAGGAUACCUCACCCAACGAAGCAGCUUAUUAGGGGCCAAAGUAGUCAUAGUUCGCAUACUGUUGGAACGCAUAUGGAUGAUGGAAACCGACCUGCAUUACAGCAGAAGCCUCUUGGAUUAUCAAGUGGACCAUCAAAUGGAAAGUUGGGGAUGUUGGGAAAAAGUAUACCUGCGGCGAAUGGACAAGGAACCAAGGAGAGGCAUCUGGAAGGUACUGUGUCUGGGAGCAUCUCCAAGCCCUUGCACCAACAGUUUGACCAACAUCCACGAUCUGCUCUGCGAGGUGAUGGAUGUGGUGGUGUUGCAGCUAAUGUAUCAGGGUCUAGAAACUUGUAUGUACCUGUCACCUCUGUAGGAUUAACUAUGAACAACCAGAGGUUGACUCCAUCAGCUGAAUCCGUACCAAAAGGAAACCCUUCCAUGACGUCAAACAAUUUGCCACAACACCAGCAACAGCAGCAGCCAUUGCAUGAGCUCCAGAACAGGCAACUUGCUCAGCAUCAGGUUGGACAAAUCAAGCAAAUGCCAAACAAGCUUCCAAUAAGGAGUAACACUGUUGGUCCAUCGCAGCAAUCAUCUGAUACUUCUGAGGCAAAGUCUGGGUUUGGAAAACACCAUCAUGAUGAAGGCCACUCUCGAGUCCCCCACUCUGAUAUGCAGAACCUGAAUUGGCAGAACACUAAGGAAGAGCAUUCGAGAGCUACUAAUCUUUUGUCGCAGUCAUCUGAUCCAAAGAAUGCUUACUUGCCACCAUAUCAAACUUCAGAUCAGGUGCAGCAGUCCUUGCAUCCCCAGCAUGUUGUUGCUGCUAAAAGUAAUUUUACUAGUCAUACUGCUGGCCUCCAACCUGAUGCAGCAUUGCGUAGUCAGACGUAUUCAAAGUCUCAAGAUGCGUCUCAUGGAUCAGGAUCAUUACCAUUUGAGCAUAAUGUGCAAGAUGAAUUUCAUCAGCGAUUAUCUGGUCAUGAUGUGGCUCAACUAAAUAAUAUGCCCUCAGAAGAAUCAGUGAUUGGUCGAAGUGACUCCUCUAGGUCGGCACCCCCAAAGACAAAUGAUAUAGUACUCAGAUAUCAGAGAUGGCUAUUGUAUCUAAAACAUGGGCGGAAAUGUUCAGUUCCAGAAGGGAAAUGUCAUACUCCCAACUGCACUACAGUCCAAAAGCUGUGGAAACAUAUGGAGCGGUGCAGUGUGCCUCAGUGUACAUACCCCCGGUGUCGUCCUUCAAAGAUUUUGAUCAAUCAUCACUUGAAAUGCCAGGAUGGAAAUUGCGUUGUCUGCAUUCCUGUCAAAACCCUUGUACAGGAAAAAGCACUCGCACGUUCCCAUUUAAAUUCUGGAUCAAGUAGUUCAGCAUCAGCCAAUAUAUCAUCUAAUGCUCCUGAUAAUACUGCUGGCAUUGGGGAAAGGUCAACGCCAAUGAAAAUUCCGGUGAUAGCUGAAACUCAUGAAGAUCUGCAGCCACCCCUUAAGCGCAUGAAAAUUGAACAGAGCUCCCAGCCUCUUGUUUCUGAGCAUGAUUCUCAUGGUGUCUUGGCUUUUAGUGGAAAAGAUUGCCAUAAUGAACAGCGCUGUGAUCAAACUCCAAUGGAAUUGGAAGAGUCUGAAGUGAAAAUGGAGGUUGAUGCAAGUCCUGGUCAAUUAAACUCCAAUAUCUGUGGAAAUGAAAUCAAAAGGGAUUCCUUGGAUGCUCCCUGUGUUCAAAGUCCUGACACUAAUGCUGCUACACCGAACAAUCUGAAGGGAGUUUCGGCUGCCAAGGUCAUUAACACUGAGAAACAAACGGAGCAGUGUAAGCUGGAAAGCAUUUCUGAACUUCCAGAGAAUGCUUCCAAGUCUGGGAAAACAAAAAUACAGGCAGUUUCAAUGGUAGAAUUGUUUACAAUCGAACAAGUCCAGGAGCACAUUAUGAGUCUUAGACAGUGGAUAGGCCAGAGCAAAGCAAAAGCUGAAAGAAAUCAAGCUAUGGGACAUUCAAUCAGUGAAAAUUCUUGCCAGCUGUGUGGAGUUGAGAGGCUCGCAUUUGAACCUCCCCCUAUAUAUUGUACACCUUGUGGUGCACGGAUUAAAAGGAAUGCGAUGUAUUACACCUUUGGAUCUGGUGAGACUCGCCACUGCUUGUGUAAUCCUUGCUAUAAUGAGGCUCGUGGCGAUAUGGUUGUGAUAGAAGGAGAAAAAAUUGCAAAGGCAAGGUUGGAUAAGAAGAAAAAUGAUGAGGAAACUGAAGAAUGGUGGGUUCAAUGUGAUGAUUGUCAAUCUUGGCAACAUCAAAUAUGCGCAUUAUUCAAUGGUAGAAGAAAUGAAGGUGGACAAGCUCAGUACACUUGUCCAAAAUGUUAUAUAGCUGAAGUUGAAAGUGGAAAACGCUUACCAUUGCCACAGAAUGCUGUUCUGGGAGCGAAAGAUUUACCUACAACAAAUUUGAGUGAUCACUUGGAGCAGCGAUUAUUUUUGAAGCUGAAGCAAGACAGGCAGGACAGGGCAAGACUUCAAGGAAAAAGCUAUGACGAGGUUCCAGGAGCAGAAUCACUUGUUGUGAGAGUUGUAUCAUCAGUCGAGAAAAAGUUGGAUGUUAAGCCGCGCUUCCUUGAAAUCUUUCAAGACCAAAGUUAUCCAUCAGAGUUUCCAUAUAAAUCAAAGGUGAUAUUAUUGUUCCAAAGAAUUGAAGGUGUUGAAGUGUGUUUAUUUGGGAUGUACGUGCAAGAAUAUGGAUCUGAAUGUCAGCAGCCUAACCAUCGCAGAGUCUACCUGUCAUAUCUUGACUCUGUUAAGUAUUUCAGGCCAGACAUCAAAACCGUAACAGGAGAGGCUCUCAGGACUUUUGUCUACCAUGAAAUUUUGAUUGGAUACUUGGAGCAUUGUAAGAUGCGUGGCUUCACUAGCUGUUAUAUAUGGGCUUGCCCUCCUCUGAAGGGUGAAGACUACAUUUUAUAUUGCCAUCCAGAAAUUCAGAAGACACCAAAAUCUGAUAAACUCCGGGAAUGGUAUUUGGCAAUGCUUCGGAAAGCUACAAAGGAAGAUAUUGUAGUUGAUCUUACUAACCUCUACGAACAUUUCUUUGUCACAAAUGCUGAAUGUAAAGCGAAGGUAACUGCUGCUCGGUUACCUUAUUUUGAUGGAGAUUACUGGCCCGGUGCUGCCGAGGACAUUAUCUCUCAACUACAACAAGAAGACAAUGGGAAAAAACAACCUAAGAAGGGAGGUAUAAAAAAGAGUGUUGCGAAAAGAGCAUUAAAGGCAUCAGGCCAAACUGAUCUUUCUUGCAACAAAUCGAAAGACCUGAUGCUAAUGCAUAAACUUGGGGAGACGAUCUCGCCAAUGCGGGAGGAUUUCAUCAUGGUUCACUUACAACAUUCAUGCUCACACUGCUGCAUUCUAAUGGUCUCUGGAAAGCAUUGGGUUUGCAGGCAGUGCAAAAAUUUCCAACUCUGCGACAAGUGCUAUGGUGAUGAGCAAUUACGUGAUAACAGGGAGAAACAUCCUGUCAAUCAGAAAGACAGUCAUCCACUUUAUCCUGCGGAGAUCACUGGAGUCCCUGAUGAAACGAAAGAAAACGAAAUCCUUGAGAGUGAAUUCUUCGACACGAGGCAGGCAUUUCUGAGCCUUUGUCAAGGAAACCAUUAUCAGUACGAUACACUUCGCAGGGCCAAGCAUUCGUCUAUGAUGAUUCUUUAUCACCUUCACAAUCCUACUGCUCCGGCUUUCAUUACACAGUGUGCUACAUGCCGUAUGGAUAUAGAAUCUGGGCAAGGAUGGAGAUGCGAGACAUGUCCUGAUUAUGAUGUUUGCAAUGCUUGUUAUCAGAAGAACGGAGGAAAAGAUCAUCCUCACAAAUUAACUAAUAAAAAAUCAAGCGAUCACAGCGCGCAGAACCAAGAAGCAAGGCAAUUGCGAGUUAUACAGCUGCGGAAGAUGCUGGAUCUCUUGGUACAUGCUUCUCAGUGCAGGGCAUCAUUUUGCCCUUACCCAAAUUGUCGCAAGGUGAAGGCACUUUUCCGGCAUGGUAUGGGAUGCCAAACCCGUGCUUCUGGAGGUUGUCCUUUGUGCAAGAAAAUGUGGUACCUUCUUCAGCUCCAUGCCCGAGCAUGCAAGGAAUCUCGCUGCCUCGUACCUCGUUGCAAGGACUUGAAAUUGCACAUGAAAAGGCUCCAGCAGCAAUGCGAAACGCGACGCCGAGUUGCCGUAACGGAAAUGAUUAGGCAACGAACUGCCGAGGUUGGGAGAAAUUCUUGACCCUUCACUUGUAUGUGUAUAUAUAUUUAUAUAUUUGUAGAUGUAGCGACAUUUCAAAAGUUCUGUUCUAGAUUGAGCCCGGGGAAACUGUUUAAAUUUCGGGAGAGUUACAAAUUUUGAAUGCAUAACUAUUAUUGUUACUAG